CUUCGCUCAAGUUCUCUUAUCUUUUUCUCUCGUGAGAAAAUAAAAAAUAUGCAAAGUACAGUAAGGUUUUCGAGCUGCCGAGGCGUGGCGUUUGAGAUCAAACGUCAUGAAGAUCCCUUUGCCAUUAAAACACUCCCCGUCGAAGAGGCCCCCAGCAACUCAUUAUUAUUUUGGCUAGGCUCUUCCAAAGUGUUCCCAUCUCUCAUUAGCAGGUCAAUAAGUAAAACCAGUAGCCACUUUUGUGACCUUGACCUCAACGAAGACGAACUGGAUAUUGAUUUGGAGAUUGUGCCUGAAGAGAACGACGAGGAGAAACAGAAGCAAAGCCCACUUCCACUUCUGGGUAAUAGUAAGCCUGAACAACCAUCAAAGCCUGCCCAAAAGAACGGUUCAAGGCUUUCGAUUAUACUUCUCGAUCAAGGGUUGUUCACUGUGUACAAGCGACUCUUUGCGGUUUGCUUGGCUCUGAACAUUGCUGGUUUGGUUCUUGCAGCCACUGGGAAUUUCCCUUAUGCAAGGAGCAGGGCUGCGCUCGUCUCCAUUGCAAACAUACUUGCCUUAAUACUCUGCCGGAGCGAGGCCUUCCUGCGUGUCAUUUUCUGGCUCGCGGUUAAGAUAUUUGGGAGGUCAUGGAUCCCUCUGUUUCUCAAGACUGCCAUUACAUCUCUUCUACAAAGUCUUGGUGGGAUACAUAGCGGCUGCGGUGUCUCUUCGAUUGCAUGGCUCACAUAUGCCUUAGUCCUCACUCUCAAAGACAGAGAAAACACUUCACCUGAGAUCAUAGGUGUAGCCUCCACCAUUCUGGGCCUGCUGUGCUUGUCUUGUCUGGCAGCAUUCCCUCUCGUCCGUCAUCUCCACCACAAUGUGUUCGAAAGAACCCAUCGCUUUGCUGGGUGGACUGCUCUUGUUUUCCUCUGGGCCUUUGUUAUCCUUAAAAUCUCUUAUGAUCCAGAAACCAAAUCUUACAAGAAUGAUCUUGGCUCAAGGCUGAUAAAACAGCAAGAGUUCUGGUUCACAGUGGCCACCACGUUGCUAAUCAUUUUGCCAUGGCUAACCGUGAGAAGAGUAGCCGUUAGUGUCUCUGCGCCGUCAGGCCAUGCCUCAAUCAUCAAGUUUGAGGGCGGAGUGAAAGCUGGCAUAUUGGGUCGGAUUAGUCCGUCCCCUUUAUCUGAAUGGCACGCUUUCGGCAUCAUUUCUGAUGACAAGGAGCACAUGAUGCUAGCAGGUGCUGUUGGGGAUUUCACCAAGUCCUUGGUCUCGAACCCUCCAAGCCAUUUGUGGGUUCGACAGGUGCACUUCGCGGGCCUGCCUUACCUCGUUAACAUGUAUGAGAGGGUUGUGUUGGUGGCAACCGGUUCAGGGAUUUGCGUCUUUCUAUCAUUCCUGUUGCAGAAAAGUUCAGCUGAUGUGUGCUUGGUUUGGGUGGCAAAGGGAAUUGAGCAAAACUUUGGAAAGGAAAUCAAAGAGAUGGUAAGUGGAUGGCCGAAAGAGAAGGUGAUUGUCCAUGACACCGCCGUGCUGGGACGUCCCAAUGUGUCUCAAAUGAGCAUUGAAGCUGCUAGAAAUUGGAGAGCAGAAGUAGUCAUCGUAACCAGCAAUCCAGAAGGAAGUAGGGAUGUUGUCAACGCAUGCAAAGCCGAAGGAAUUCCUGCCUUUGGUCCGAUAUGGGAUUCGUAAGUCCGCCCGCAGUCCCGCAACGUACGCUAAAGAAUGUUUAAAAAAAAAAAAAAAAAAAACCUUCUUUUUCUAGUAGAAUAGAUGGUAAAGCCACAAAGUCAAUCUUAUAGUAUUUAUUAUGGUCUAAAUCAAUAUUUCAAAAAAUUUCGAUCGAGUAAUCAAUAAAUUUUUAUGUAUUUUUUGUGCACUCCACUGAUAUGAUUGGCUAUAUCAAUUCUCUUUUAAUACAUAACCAAUCAUAUCACUUGAAUGCACAAGAGAAUACACAAAAAUGAAUGCACAUAAAAUUUUUAUA